AUGUCUCGUCCUGAAGCCUUGGAUCUAGGGCAAAACAGCGAUCUGUUUCGGGACAAUAGCAGCACCUGCGACAUCUGCCUGUCCGUCAGCCAGGCCAGCAAUGAACACGAUGGUGACCUCGUUUCCUUUUCAACUGAUGCCGUUGAGGGUGGUUGUGGUGGUGUUGUUGGUGGCGCUGUCGAAUGCAGUGUUGUUGGUGUUCUUGGUAUCGAGGACGAAGGCGUUUCGAGGAGCAAUACU